UUUCCUAGUAUGUUCAGAAGAGAAAGAACCAGUGGCAAAUGCAAAUUUCCUACUCCAGUGACAAAAGCUGUGGCAGCUCCCACAAAACAUACCAAUCUGCAGUUUUACGUACUCCAGGAACCAACAGAUAAGACCCCACAUUGAUCUCAAGAGCUUAUAUUAUUAAUGGCAGGGUUAGGCAAACGGCAUAUUUCCUUACCUGACAACAGCAACCAUACAGAAAUUUCCGCAGCUCUGACAGUUGAGUAUCCUAAACAGGAAAACUUAACGGGUGGAUGGCCUAUAUACAAGGCUUCAGGGGGAAGUGGCCAGAGAAAAUUGUCAGUAAUCCCGCCAGAAUCUGAGGGAUACACAGCAAAGCUUCUGAAGAGCUCAUCUAAUAAUGGAAGGCAUAUGCUUUUCAUUGUUCCACUUCAGGAUGAAAUCGAUACUGCACCACUUCCUUUUGAUGCCCCAGAGUUCAGCAAAAUGCCAAAAUCACAGUGCAAAACAUGUGGUCAGACUUUGCCGUUACAAGCUCUGGCUUUGCAUGUAGAAACUUGCAGCAAGCCAGACAGUGACCAAGAGGAAGAAGAAUCAUCAUCAAGUGACUGCUUGGAAGCAAGUGCUCCAAAUGUCCCUUCUCCUCCACUAAUUAGUGAAAGAUGCCCAAUAUGCCAAGUAAUGUUCCCUCUUGACUUUAUUGAAAUACAUGCAAGUGCUUGUGGAGAAAGACAGUGUUGUGAAUUGGAUCUAUCAGACAUUGAGGCAAUUGAUGAUGCAGAGGAAGAGGCUGGCCCAUCAGGCACAGCUUUCCAGACCACACCCAGCCAAAAUCUGACAAACAGUUUAUCAACAUCAUCAUCUGCCUUGACUGAUGAGGAAAUGGAUUGGAAAACUGUACCAGGCCCAAUAAAGGCAGCUGACUUGUACAGACAAUCUGUACUGAAGGAUUUUGCAUCCGAGAAACCACUAUACAUGCACAUUGACCUUAGAAGUAGCAUCUCCGACCAAGAGUCCAUGCUCAUUGCUUUUUACAAAGCAUGCAAUGUGAAGUGGGCAUGUCCUCUAAAAACCAGGCUAGAAGGGGAUCCUGCUAUUGGAGAGGGUGUAAACCGUUUCUUGUUUUCAAUGAUUACACAAAAACUUAAAUGUGGUUUUCACCUUAACUUUGGGAAUACUCACACUACAAGGUUUUUUGAUGGAGAGCCAGAUCACCUUGUACCAUCUUCAUCUGCACACCUGGUGGAUAGUGAUCUGUUUUUUGUUGCUGGCAGAAUGAUUGGUCACUGCUUUCUCCAUGGAGGACCACCCUUGUCAGGACUUAGCCCUGCUGUUGUCCAUGUAAUUUCAGGUGGCAGUGCUGAAACAGCUGUUGUAGAGAUUUCAGACUGUCCAGAUUUGGAUUUGCUUCAGAAAAUCAUACUGCUUGAUGGGGACUCUGAACUAACACCUGAAGAGAAGGAGUGUGUUAAUGAUUUGUGCUUCUCCUGGGACCUUCCUCCAGUGAACACCUCCAAUCGACGCUGGCUUUAUGAGAGGCUUCUACAUCAUGCUGUUAUCGGACUUACCAUGCGGCAAAUAAAACAACUUCGAAAAGGUUUAAAGGAUACUAUGCUGUGGCCACUACUUUGUCAGCGUACAGAUGUGCUUCCAGUCAUUUUUCCACGUGAGAUAAAUGACGUUUUGACCCAAGAGUGUGUCCUAAACAGCAUUACCUGGCCUUCAAUGGUGAAAAACAAUGAUGACGACAAUGAUGAUGAAUGCUCUUUGGAAGAUCAGAGGCGAGUUGCUGGCUACCUUCGUCAGUUUAUUGAGAAUGCAUCAAGCCCUGAGCUGAAGGCACUUGUUAAGUUCUGGGUGGGCUGGGAGGUUCCCACUACCUCUCUCAAACUGGAAGUAACCUACAGUAACCUACCAAAGGCAUCUACAUGUUUCGAGACCCUACGGCUUCCAUCCCGAUAUAGACUUCCAAGCAUUUAAGAAAGAGUUACUUGCCUGCAUCAGUACUGUGGAUACUGGAUUUGGGCUGGUGUAAUUAUAAUUGUUGUGCAGUAUUGUUUUCUAUCCAAUCCAAGUUCAUGGAUAUUGAGGUAGACGUUUUGAUAUAUUUUUAUUUUUUGCUCUCUAUUCUGAAAGAUGCAGUCAAAGACUUUUUUGUUUUUGUUAUGUUUACUUAAGGACAGUAUAGUUUAUACAGUAUUACAGUUCAGUUUACAUCACAAUGUACAAAUAAGGAUGACGAGAAUAAA